AUGGGAGUUGAAUUGAAGUUGCCUCAAAUGCUAAAAGCAUGUCUUGUUGAGGACUGGGACUUGGUAAACAAGCAGAGGCAGUUAUUCCAACUCCCUGCUGAGACGAAUGUAGAUCACAUUCUCGAAAACUAUGUGACUUUCAUGAAGUCACAGGGAAAGUCAGAUAAUGCGGAAUAUUCCAUUGAUGAGUUUGUGUAUGGAAUUAGAGAGUAUUUCAACAAAAUGCUGGGCACCCAGCUACUCUGCCAGUUUGAAAAACCUCAGUAUGCCGAAAUCCUCCUUGCUUACCCAGAUAUUCCUAUGUCUCAGAUCUAUGGUGCUCCUCACCUCCUGCGAUUAUUUAUGAACAUUGGGACUACUUUGGCCCAUCUGCUCUUUAAUAGGCACAGUCUUUUGUAUGUGUACAGAUAUAUGCAUGGUUUCCUUGACUAA